CAUUUACCGUUUUCCCAGGCCGUACUUUACCUUACGUCACUAAUUCAGCUUCAGCACCGGCCAAAGCAGGCAGCGGACAGCACAGACUCGUGUAAUCGCGGGCUUAGAGAGUGUAGCGUUCUUCAUCUUCAUUACUAACACAGUAUUGUGGAACUGCUUUGAGGUCCCAAGUAGCCUACUACAUACAGUAUUGUUUUCAGUGAGACAGCCUUCUGCAUGUGAGCCACAGAGAAGUAACAGAGCUAACACAACACCGCCAAAGGGAUAAGUGCUGAGCAGAUAUUUUGAGAUUGCCGCUGUGUGAAGCUUGUUUCAGGUUUCGGAUGGCAUCUGUAGAAGAUCAAUAUCAGAAGGCGUGGCAGCUGUGUCAGGGGGAAAGUCACAAUGAUCCAGAUAGCGAACCUUACAAGUCAAAAUAUGCUGCCCGCGAGAUAUUUGAGGAAUUAAAGUCUCGCCUCAGUAACCAACUGGAUGAGGAUGACGUGGAUGAUGAGAGCAGCAGCUUCAGUGAGGAAGGGGUGGAUGGCGUGGGCCUCACCCGCGCCCGCAUGGCUGCUGUUGUCUACCACCUGGGGGUCAUUGCUGUGGAGACAGAGGAGUUCUCAACGGGGGAAGAAUACUUAAACAACGCCCUCAUCAUCAUUGGGGACGAGGCUGGCAUCAGCGCAGGAGUCUCCUCAGCUGAGGUGGAGGAGGCUCAGGUGGUGACAGCAGCACUCCUUGGAGACUCAGACAGUCUCCUCUCUUCCAGCAGCAAAACAGCCUCCAUCAGCCCCACUGCCAUCUCCCCCUCCACUAUAGCCCUCACCAUAAGCUGUCACAAUCAGCUGGGUAUCUUGUGGUCCAACCGUGGCCUUUACUCUGCUGCCAGGCAUCACCUUGACCGUGCUGAUGCCCUCUACAAUGAAUACCAGCUCAAGAGUGCCAAGCUACCUCGCACCAUUCACAGCCUCUUUGCCUCCAGCGAAAAGGCUGCAGAAGACAAGAGUGGAGUGGCUGCUUUAGAAAAACUCCACACCCUCACAUACUACUACUUGGCUCAGGUAUAUGGGCACCUUGGGGCACCAGACACAUCCGCCUGGUACUGCCACUCCACGCUUCAGCGGCAGCUGGCCAGUAAAGACUACGACCCACUGGAGUGGGCCAUCAAUGCUGCCACCUUAUCUCAGUUUUACCAAGGAAAGGAAAAAUUCAGAGUGUCCCGCCACCUCCUGGCCUCGGCAUCCAAGGUGUUAUCGAGCCAUGAGGCUGAGAUGAACACGUCAGAGGCUGAAAGUGAGGAUGCUGCACACAAACAGGAAAAGUACAAUCAGUGCAAAGCAGAUGUUGCGAGGUGCUGGGGGCGGUAUAGCCUAGUACUGCUGCAAGUGUCUUGUGACAGAGCACUGCCAGACGAUUCAACCCAGCAGGAAUCUGCUGAUAGUCAGGAAGCAGAACCUGAAUCCUUGGACAAACAGCUUGAGUUCCUUCAGCUUGAAGUCAGCGACCUAGAGUCAGAGGUGGCAGCAAUUCCUGUGCAAGACUUUGAUGAAGCUCGACAACUCUUCCUGGCGGGUCUGCGGUGGCUCACUGAGGCACGCCAGUACUACACAUUAGAGGACCACGCCAGUGAUCACGUCAGCAUCACUCAGGAGAUGAGUCACCUUUACAAGGCUCUUGCCUUCUUUGAACCAUCGGAAGAAAGGCGAUGCAAAAUGCAUAAACGCAGGGUGGAUUUGCUGACUGUUCUCAUCAAAGAACUCAACCCACAGUAUUAUCUCAAUGUAUGUCGACAAAUCUACUAUGAGCUGGCAGAGACAUACUCUGCAAUGAUGGACAAUAAGUUGACUCUUUUAGAGGGUGAUGGGUCCCGACCCACUUCCCAGCAGACCAAGAAAAUUAACACACUGGCAACAUCCAGCAUACAACAUUUUCUUCACUACCUUGACUCUCUUAAGGACAAGACGACAGGGGAACAGCCCACAUCCUACCCAGAAGAAUCCCUGCGCCCGGCUUUGGUGGCGUGGUUCCACUUGGGACGCCUCUGGUCCAAACUUAUUACAUCUGAACCUACCACCAAGAUGCAGAACUUGAUACAGUCUCUUCAGAAUUACAAGAGAUUAGUGGAAUACUGUGACCGACAUCCAGACUCCCAAUCAGUGAUGGCCCAGGAAUUAGCUAUAUGCCGGGAGAUGGUGCAGCUUCUUCCUCUAAAGGUGGAACAAUACAGGGCUACGCUCCAGUAGUCUUUGGUGAGUAGAAGACACCAGGGAUGGAGUAUUCAUAUUCAAAUACAUUCGGAUACUAUAUUUGGGUGUAUUCGUAUUCAAUUAAGUAUUGAUAGAAAUCAAAAUAUUCCCAUUCGUAUUCGAAUACAAGAGGAAAGUAUUCGUAUUCUACAAAUAAUCUGACGAAUACUGCAAAAUUUAUUAUCAGAAAUAACAGCCGUUGUUCCUUACAACUCCAGCCUCCUGCUGGGCAAACAUGUAAUUGUCGUGUAUGGUACAGGGUUCGCAGACUGUGACAGCGCGGGUGGAGUCUGACUCAGUUGCCACUCGCAGUUUUGUGGACACUGGAUGUGUGUUCAUGAGCUAAUUUUAUUGUUGCAUAACUUCAGAACAGUUCUUCACCGAUUUACAUUCAGAACGUAUUUUUCAAUGAAAGUAUUCAUGAAUGUAUUCAUGAAUACUUUCAAGAAGUAUUUGUAUUUGUAUUCAAAUUAAGACCAUUUCAGUGUAUUCGAAUUCGUAUUCGUUGGAAUUUGAAGUGUUCGUAUUAGAAUACACAAUUCUUUUAUUCACUCCAUCCCUGGAAGACACAGCACAACACAAGGCCAGAUGCCUCAUGGGCUCUAUGAGUGAGCAGACAACCUUUUUAUGAUUAUAAGUUCUUAUUUACUGUACAUAAAUAAUUCACUGGUUUAUGUUGCAGUAUCAAAUGAAAAGAUUAAGAUAUACAUAUUUGUGCAUAUUUUAUUUAAGGCUUUGUGAUGUCCAUGAGAACUAGUAUAAUGGGUAAGUAAUUAAUGUAUUUGCAAAAUGAUCAGAAGUCCUUGAUAAUUUAUUUUCACUGAUCUUAUAAAUUAAUCAGUAUAUUAAACAUAAAUUGGUUAUAGAGUGCAAAAUUAAGUUGUAUCUAAUGUUCAGUGGUAGAUUUGUUAUAUCUCCCCAUUGUCUAGCAUUGAUUUGUAAUAGAUAUUAGUUUACCAAUUUGAACAUGCUGCAAAUAAUCAAAUUACUUAACAGCAUGCACAGUGGAUACAGAAGGGUUUAAAUCAAGUUCCCUGUGUGGUGUUUCAUGACUGAUGAGGACAAGGCGGUGUUAUUAAAAAAUGCAAAUACAUUUUACUAUUGUUUCUUCUGUGAUAAUGAAAAUAUUUAUUUGAUCUCGGUUGCAUAUUGUACAAACUUAGGGCUAGUGGUGUUAUUAGUCACUGGAAAUUUUUCAACAUUAGUGCUAAUGGAGUGUUGCUAUUACAUGUCUCGGGAAUUUUUUUUUAAAUUUUCGGCUAACAGUUGUGCUGCUUAAUGUUAAAGGAUACACUGUAGGGUUCAUUCAUAACUUACGAAUGACCGUAUUGAGCAAUGCACUGUCAUUUUGCACUAGAAGCUCAUCUUUGUAUUAAUCUGUUAGGCAUCAACCAAAAACUGCCACUAACCUUUCUGGAGGUAAAGUAUGCUGUGUUAAUUGUAGGGUGAAUGAUAGUAUUUAUUGGUAUCAUUUGCAAGGCUGCCUUGCUCAUGCUUCUCAUGCAUAGUGAAGUUCAAAGGUAAAAAUAUAAUUACCAUUCUUGUGUUAGGAUCAAAGGUCCUUUCCUUACAUGUGACCCAAUUUUGUUGAUGUGGCAGAACGACCGGGUAGUUCUUGACCAGUCAUCCCGAAGGUGGUGUUCCUGGCAUGAAUAGGAUUGACACGGUAAAGAACGACUCAAGUCAUUCCUCCACAUCACUGGUGUUUGGGCAACAUGCAAGUAAGGAACUUAUCAGUGUUGUAGCCAAGACCAAGACCAAACCCUCCGAGACCAAAACCUUUUGAGACCAAGGAUAUAAAAUAUUUUUGCUAAUCUAUCUGAAUGCUUUUAGCAUGUACUGCAUAAAUUGAAACAAAGCAGCAGUAAGCAUAGACUAUUUAAUAGAAACUACACCAGCACAGCUCACUGUCUGAUGUCAAAUGUGUAACUGAAGCCGUUUUCCAAGCGAGCAGGGUUGCCAGGCCCAGGGAUAAUACACUGCCAAUAGCAGCCCCCCCACCAAGCCAAAUUCUGCCAAUGCCAUCUAUGAAAGUAUCCUCAAAAUUACAUAGUAAAUUUCCCUUGCUAAACUAGGAAUGAAAUGAAAUUUCAUUGCCAUAAAGUUUUGAUUUCAUGGCAAUUGUUACCAUAGCAUUGGCAACCCUUUGAGCAAGCUAUCUAAACCUGUGAUGUACAUGCAUGAAGUGUGCAGGCCAGCACCCUUCAUGCAUGUACACCACAGGUUUAGACAGCUACAUGUAUGCCAUAACCGCACCACGUAUAUGAAGUACACAGAGGUGAACAGGGCUGCAAACAUGCAAAUGGAGGUUACCACUACAAGAAUUUGUAGACUACAAUGCUGUAUGGUGCACCAUGAAUGAAAUCAACCAUGAUUUAUUUCCAUGUAUUAUCAUAAAUUCCAAUCUACCCAUGCUGAAAUGCACUUUAUGAUGCUGGUCUCAACCUGGUCUCAAGCCAAAACAGAGACCUGAAGCUGGGAGACUAAGAUCAAGACCACAUCAAACUGGUCUCAAGACUUACAACACUGGUACUUAUGAAGAAAUCCUCCUUCACUACCAGCAAAUUUCUGUCACUGAAACUUGGGGCACAAGCUGAACACUCAUCUGAGAACCAUCUAGCUUAUUAGGUUAGUGAUACAGAAUUAAAAUGUAUACUUUUUAUUGUAAAAUGACUUACCUAGCUUGGUUCCUAUUCAUGCUAAAAUGUAAAAUCUGAUUAAGAAGUCAAUCAAACCUAACCAAAGUGAGCUAUUGUUUGUUCCACAAUUGACCUAGAGUGCUCGUCUGGCACUGGGAUACAUGGCCUGAGUGUCGCCACCAUUGCAACCUGGUGGCCAUCUUCCUGGGCCAAACAAUUGAAAAGCAACAAUUUCACACCCUUCAGUCUUGCCAGAGUUUGUGACAUUACUAUUUACUAUUCAGAAAAACUAAGGCCACCAUUGUCUUCCUAAGGAAAUUCUGCAUUAUUAUAUUAUUAGCAGUAUAAAUUUGUGACUGUAAUGAAAGCACAAAUGUACCAAAAUGAGGGUUAAGGAUAUUAGUGCAUGAGAAGUUUCUCCCACUUACUUGACUUAGUGCUUCAUUGCUUGGCUAAUUUUGACUGCAUUAGAUUUUUAAGCUUGGCUCUUGAAGCUGCACACUUUUUGGAUUAUCAUGGUAUAAAAUACAUCCUAGUGUAAUAUCUGGAUGGUUAAAAUUGCCUAAGAGCAUGAAUGUGGGUGGAGGUGGAGUGUCAAUCCAUGGUAGGCUAUCAUCAUCAGUACAUACCUUCACUUCCAUCCAGAGGGUGACCAUGCUCGGUUUGAACCUAGGUAUGAUGUCUUAUUUGUCAACCUUUGUACAUAUGUGUAAUGACAAGUUCAAAGCACAGUUUUAUAAUGUAUCUACGAGGCAGGAACACUCCCUGCUCACUUGUCACCAGCGGGAGUGGUGGGUAUUUGGAUAAACAAAUUAACUGCAGCGCCCUCUGAGCCACACUCCACCAUCACAGUGCAAUUAUGCUCCUGGGUGAUUUUGGCCCUCUAGAUAUUUUCACACUGGGACAUAUCCUAGACCUAAGCCAACCUAAACAGAAAAGUGUGCAGAUUCAGAAACCAUGCUUGAAAAUUUAAUGCAAUCAAAAGUAGCUGAGCAAUGAGGAGUUAAGUAAGUUGGAGAAAAUGUUUAUGCACUGUUAAACUUAACCCUCAUUUAUGAAUAUUCGUGCUUAAAUUACAGUAACAUUUAUAUUAAUGUAAUGCAGAAUGUCCUCAGAGAGACUGUGGUGGCAUCAGUUUUCCUUAAUAUUAAAUAGUAGUAAGGAAAUCUGGUAAGGGCGAAGUGUGUGAAAUCGUCACUUUUGGAUGUAUUGACCCUGGAAGAUGGCUGACAGCUUGGAGUGGUGGUGACACCCAGACCAUUAAAGAUGAGCAGUUUGGGUCUUUAACUCUGUGGUUUGUUCAUUUGUACUUUGGCACUGGAGCCAAGGCUGCUAUGACAAACUCAUUGCUGAUUGGACAGCAUCGCUCAUCUUCACACUACAAGGUUUUCUUUUAUGUAAAGUAAUACUUAUUUGGUUUCUUCAUAAGUGGAUAUUAGAGUAAUAGUGGAUUUUUAAUUAGUUGAAAACUUAAAUUAACCAUAAGUUCAUGCAAGUUUGUCAUUAUCUAAAUGUUUACACUGCUUUUAACCCCUUCAUUACAGCUGGCCCAAAACAGCGCCCUGCGCUCUAAAUUUCAAAUGUUGCUAUUGAAUAUAACAAGUUUUCAGCCAUAAACUCAACAUAAUCAUCAUGUAUUGUUUAUAAAAACAUGCAGAAUUAUAUAUAUAUAUAUAUAUAUAUAUAUAUAUAUAUAUAUAUAUAUAUAUAUAUAUAUAUAUAUAUAUAUAUAUAUAUAUAUAUAUAUAUAUAUAUAUAAAAAUGGUGCACAAAAAGAAACUUAAAUUUAUCGAUAAUUUUGAGAUGUAAGCAUAAAUAUAGAGAUAAAAUAACUCGUAUAAUGGCUAAAGCGAGCCAGGACGCAGUAUGCGCGUCCUUGUGUUGAAGGGGUUAAUUCCAUGUUGAUUUUUCAUUAAAUAAUCACAAUACUGUGGAAAAAAAUUGACAUGUUAAGACAUGUCCUUCUAAACACAACUGUAACACAAGGUAGGUACAUGCCUCCCUUCAUUUCUGGCAAAUCAAUAAUCUGAUGAUACAAUUGUGUUUAGAAAACAUUGUGUUUUCCCACAGUACCAUGAUAAUUUGAUAUCAGCACGGAAUAAACAUUUAUAUUGACAGCUAUGAUUUAAAGUUUCAUGAUCUUGUUUAUUUUAUGAUCCAUUGAUCAGGAACCAAGUAUUACCCUACAUAAGUGUGUUACAGAGAAUAUAAGUAAAUCUUGAAGUGUGAAAAAGUCUUUUUCUUAAGAUGAGUUACAGUUACAGAUAAUUCUCUGCCCCAGAAUCUGUGCACUGAGAUUUACCAUGCAACUUUUUAUAUUUAACUCCCAUAUCAUCAUCAAAAUGUAAGAGACAUUAAUUGUGUGUCUGGCAGUGACCCACAUUACCCUUGCUCCCUGAUGUGAGGGAAAUGAGCAUAACAAGGAUCUUCUUCUUUUCACUUAAUGUCCUUAUUUUCCCUUAUGGAAAUAUAAGGACGUUAAACGAAAUGAAGAAGGGAAGAUUUGUGUUUAUGCCCACUUUUAUCACACCAUGGAGAGAGUAAGAGAACAUAGGUUGCUGCCAGACACAUAGUUAACUCCUCUUGCAUUUUUAUGAUGAUACGGGAGGCAAAUAUAAAGUUGUGAAUUAAUUCACAGAUUUUGGCAGUGUGUGUGUGAAGGCUGUAGAGACAAGAUAAGUCAAGACACUAUCCAUUUAGCAAUGAGCUUACCAAAGCAACCUAAGGUCCAACUUCAUGAUAUAAAAAAAAUAUAGUAGUGUUAAAAUCUAAUACUGGUAUAGUAGGCUUUUUACUUUUUUUGUAUCUUGGUACAUGUGACAUUCUAUAUUUCUUACUCAACCCAAAACAACCUUCCCUUUUGAACAAGAUGGGUUUUUGGAAGGAAUAAGAUAAUUUUAAGUAAUAUAGAUUAAAUGUCACUGAAUAUUAUUUAUCUAAAGUCACUUUUACUCCAUUACUGCAAUGAACAUAACACAUGAAAUAUGAUUGAUUUUGAUGUUAAUUGCAAUAUAACUGCUCCAGUUGUAAAAAAGAAAAAAAAAUUAAAGCACUUCUAAAAUUUAACAGAAAGCAACUUUUCCUUCAGACAAGAUGGGUUCUGGAAAUGUUAAAAUAAUUUUCUCCUGAAUAUUAUUGAUCUAUAAUUCACUCUUACUGUUAUGGCAAUCAACAAAACACAUAUGAUAAGUGAUUCUGAUAUUAUUAGUCAUAUAACUGCUCAAGUUG